GGCCUGGACCGGAAGUCACGCGCCGGAUACCCGCGGGGCGAGGCCUGCGUUGCUCCCCGGCAGGUGUGGUUUGCGGCUGUGGGAGGUCCCGGGGUGAUGGCGGUGGAGACCCUGACUCCGGACUGGGAGUUCGACCGCGUGGAUGACGGCUCGCAGAAAAUUCAUGCUGAAGUCCAGCUUAAGAAUUAUGGGAAAUUUCUUGAGGAUUAUACAUCACAACUGAGAAGAAUCGAGGAUGCCCUGGAUGAGUCAAUCGGAGAUGUUUGGGAUUUCAAUCUGGACCCUAUAGCGUUAAAGCUUUUGCCUUUUGAACAGUCUUCCCUGUUGGAACUGAUAAAGACUGAGAACAAGGUCUUAAACAAAGUCAUUACUGUUUACGCUGCACUUUGUUGUGAAAUCAAGAAGUUAAAAUAUGAGGCUGAAACUAAGUUUUAUAACGGUCUUCUGUUUUAUGGAGAAGGAGCGACAGAUUCCAGCAUGGUGGAAGGUGAUUGCCAAAUUCAGAUGGGGAGAUUUAUAUCGUUUUUACAGGAGCUGUCCUGUUUUGUCACGCGGUGCUAUGAAGUGGUGAUGAAUGUGGUCCAUCAGCUGGCUGCCCUCUAUGUCAGCAACAAGGUCGCACCCAAAAUUAUAGAGACAACUGGAGUUCAUUUUCAGACUAUGUAUGAACACUUGGGAGAACUGCUCACAGUUUUGCUCACCCUGGAUGAGAUUAUUGAGUAUCACGUCACACUGAAAGACCACUGGACCAUGUACAAAAGGUUAAUGAAAUCUGUCCAUCACAACCCUUCAAAAUUCGGAAUUCAGGAAGAAAAACUAAAGCCAUUCGAAAAGUUUUUGCUGAGGCUGGAAGGACAGUUGCUUGACGGGACGAUAUUCCAGGCCUGCAUAGAACAGCAGUUUGAUUCUCUCAAUGGAGGAGUGUCUGUGUCCAAAAAUAGCACUUUUGCGGAAGAGUUUGCACAUAGUCUUCGCUCGAUUUUUGCAAAUGUAGAAGCCAAAAUUGGCGAACCUUCGGAAAUUGACCAGAGGGACAAGUAUGUUGGAAUCUGUGGAUUGUUUGUUCUGCAUUUUCAGAUAUUUCGAACUGUUGAUAAAAAGUUUUACAAGUCUUUAUUGGACAUUUGUAAGAAGGUGCCAGCCAUCACUCUAACUGCUAAUAUUAUUUGGUUUCCUGAUAAUUUUCUGAUCCAGAAAAUGCCAGCAGCUGCCAAACUUUUGGACAGAAAAAGUCUCCAAGCCAUUAAAAUACACAGGGAUACUUUCCUACAGCAGAAAGCCCAGUCACUUACCAAAGAUGUGCAGUCCUACUACGUCUUUGUGAGUGCCUGGAUGAUGAAGAUGGAAUCGAUUUUGUCUAAAGAACAGAGAAUGGAUAAGUUUGCUGAAGACCUCACCAACAGAUGCAGUGUUUUUAUACAGGGCUUCCUGUAUGCCUACGGCAUUAGUACCAUGGUCAAGACCACCAUGAAUCUCUACAUGUCCAUGCAGAAGCCAAUGACCAAGACCUCCGUGAAGGCCUUGUGCCGGCUCAUCGAGCUGCUCAAGGCAGUCGAGCAUAUGUUCCACAGGAGGAGCACGGUCGUGGCCGAUUCAGUCUCCCACAUAACCCAGCACCUGCAGCACCAGGCCCUCCACGCCAUCGCUGUGGCCAAGAAAAGAGUAAUUUCUGACAAAAAGUAUAGUGAACAGCGUCUCGAUGUGCUCUCUGCUCUAGUUCUGGCGGAAAACGCUCUCAACGGGCCCAGCACAAAGCAGCGGCGGCUCAUCGUCUCGCUGUCGCUCAGCGUGGGCACCCAGAUGAAAACGUUUAAAGACGAAGAGCUUUUCCCGCUUCAAGUGGUCAUGAAGAAACUGGACAUCAUCAGUGAACUCCGAGAGCGUGUCCAGAUGCAGUGCGACUGCUGCUUCCUGUACUGGCACCGCGCCGUCUUCCCGAUCUACUUAGAUGACGUCUAUGAGAACGCUGUUGACGCGGCUCGGUUACACUACAUGUUCAGUGCCCUGCGAGACUGCGUGCCCGCCGUGAAGCACACCAGGCAUCUGGAGUCCCCUGAGGUCCUGCUGGAUUGCUACGACAGGGAGAUUAUGGGAAUUCUGAAUGAGCACCUGCUGGACAGGCUGUGCCGAGAGAUCGAGAAGGACCUGCGGCUGUCCGUGCACACGCACUUGAAGCUGGAUGACCGCAACCCUUUCAGGGUGGGCACGAAGGACCUGGCCCUCUUCUUCUCUCUGCAUCCAAUUCGCUUCUUCGAUCGGUUCAUUGACAUUCGCGCUUACGUCACUCACUAUCUGGACAAGACUUUCUAUAAUCUCACCACGGUAGCUCUUCAUGACUGGGCCACUUACAGCGAGAUGAGGAACCUGGCCACCCAGCGCUACGGCCUGGUCCUGAUGGAGGCCCAUCUGCCCAGCCAGACACUGGAGCAGGGCCUUGAUGUUUUGGAAAUUAUGAGAAAUAUUCAUAUAUUUGUGUCUCGAUACCUCUAUAAUCUCAACAAUCAGAUUUUUAUUGAACGAACAAGCAAUAAUAAACAUUUGAAUACUAUUAAUAUUCGACAUAUUGCUAAUUCAAUUCGAACACAUGGCACGGGAAUCAUGAACACCACGGUUAAUUUCACCUACCAGUUUUUGAAAAAGAAGUUUUAUAUCUUUAGCCAGUUUAUGUAUGAUGAACAUAUCAAAUCAAGAUUGAUUAAAGACAUUCGGUUUUUCAGGGAAAUCAAGGACCAAAAUGAUCACAAGUACCCUUUUGAUAGAGCAGAGAAAUUCAACCGAGGCAUCCGGAAACUUGGAGUAACGCCAGAGGGGCAGAGCUACCUUGACCAGUUCAGACAGCUCAUCAGCCAGAUUGGUAAUGCCAUGGGCUAUGUACGAAUGAUCCGAUCUGGUGGUCUUCACUGUAGCAGCAAGGCCAUUAGAUUUGUGCCUGAUCUUGAAGAUAUUGUAAAUUUUGAAGAACUAGUGAAAGAAGAAGGUCUUGCAGAAGAAACAUUAAAAGCAGCAAGGCAUCUGGACUCAGUUCUCAGUGAUCACACACGAAAUUCUGCGGAAGGCACAGAGUAUUUCAAAAUGCUUGUGGAUGUUUUUGCACCAGAAUUUCGAAGGCCAAAGAACAUACACCUCCGAAAUUUCUAUAUCAUUGUGCCUCCUCUAACCCUCAACUUUGUAGAACAUUCCAUUAGUUGCAAGGAGAAACUGAAUAAAAAAAACAAAAUCGGAGCUGCCUUUACUGAUGAUGGUUUUGCCAUGGGUGUGGCGUACAUCCUGAAGCUUUUGGAUCAGUACCAGGAGUUUGACUCGCUGCACUGGUUCCAGUCUGUUAGAGAGAAGUACGUGAAGGAGAUCCGGGCGGUCGCCAAGCAGCAGCUCGUGCAGGCGGCCAGCCAGGACGAGAAGCUGCUGCAGACCAUGAAUCUCACCCAGAAGCGGCUGGACGUCUACUUACAGGAAUUCGAAUUGCUGUAUUUCUCACUGAGCAGUGCGAGAAUCUUCUUCAGAGCAGACAAGACUGCAGCUGAGGAGAACCAGGAAAAGAAAGAGAAGGAAGAAGACACAAAAGCGAGCAGUGGAGACCCGGACAGCGCCGUGUCCGCCGACCCCGUGGUGAAAUGAUGCCGCGCUGCCCUCACCCGGUGCAUUCGCGCUUUAGCCAGAGAUGGAGGUCGUAACUACGGUGCAUCGUGUCCUGGAGAACAUUGGAUGUUGCGGCUUCCCGAAGGCAGCGCUCUGAAGUUAACCAUUCCGCUUCCAAAGGCUCUGCUUCUCAGAGUUGAAAGAUUGUAAAAUUGGACUUUCCCUGGACUUCAGGCGGGAACAUGCUCCUUGGAACAGUUAUCUGACAGGAAGUUACACAGACAGCGAAUCCAGACUCCUCGGGGUGCCCCGGCGCUCUCGGAGUCUGCGUGUGUGUAACUGCGUUGCCAGCUCUCUGGGCUCCGUGUGUCCAGGCAUCGGCAGUUCUGUGCGUACUGUCUCUAAGUCAGUUUGUUGCUUUUGUAAAGGAUUGAGCCUGACCACGCAGGAGAUGCCUGUGGUCUCACUCCGAGAGCACAUGUGCAGGUGGCAGCGGCGCUGGAGGAGCCUGCACGUGGGCCUCGCUCAGUGGGCCUUGCAGGAGCCACUGUGUCCCUCCCCGCGGGGAGUUUACACCCGUGUGCCCUGCUCCGGGCCCUGCCCUGAGCACCGCUCUAAACUCAGAUGCGCUGCAUACCCCGAGGAGGUUAGCGGACGCCAGGGAGCCCAGCUGGCCGUGUCAUUCUCGGGGACGACACUGGCGUGGCGACAGGAAAGCAGAGUGAAUGGCUUCCACAUUUAAACUCAGGUUUCUUCUGUGUCCGGUUAAGGUGACUCCUUGGCGCUGGUCUGGGCAGACUUUUUCUGACAAGGCUGAACACCUGCCCUGUGCGGGCUGGGAAAGGGACUGCUGGGAGAGUAAAACCAGUGACAUGAGCCACUCUGGGACUUGGAAAAGUGCAGAGAGCUUCUUAGGAGAUUUACUUCCCAGCAGCCCACUUUUAUUUCUGUAAAAGUUUAUUAGUCAAUCAGUGGGCUGAUCAUCCCCUUUAAAAAUGCAGUGAAGUGGUCCCUUUCCAGGGAAAAGCAAAGUGUGAGUGGGACACGAACAGCAUCGGGGAAGCGGCGGGCAAACGUGCCCGCUCUGUGCCCAGCUGCGGCCAGGGCCGGGCUCAGGUGCUUCCCCAGCCCAGCGCAGGUGAACACCGGCACUGUUAAAGUCGGAAGAAACAGAACGUGAAGGAGAGAGGGUUUGUUUGUCAUGCAGACACGGCACAGAGUAUGGACAAGAGCGGAUUAAAGCAUCUAACGUUCCUAAUUCGUACUAACUGUAGACAUGGCCCUAAAGCAUGCUGCAUAAUAAUUUAUAUUUCCAUGAUUAUAAAUGUCUAUAUUAAUGAUAGUGCAUUUGAUUAUAUCAAAUUAAUUGCCAUUUCAUAGCAACAGUGUGGCUUUCUGAUUCUACCGUCCUGACACCAGCCUGCCUGCUAGGGUAGGGUCCCAGUCGGGAGAGUGCCGUCCUCUGCCCGUCCUCUGUCGUGGGCCCCGUCUUGCUGUCUUAGCGCACUGGGGCAUUCCUGCCCACUCCCUGGAUAUCCAGCGGCGGGAAGGGCGCACAGUUACCCGAUCCUUAGUCUAAAAUGGUGUCACUGCAGUGUGGAGAAUUCAUUACGAGUUCUGGUAUUGACGUGCAGAGCCGCGGGGCUUCGGUGUGUUCAGGCCUGCGCUAAUCCUGCCUUUAGCUGAUGCUUUGCUUCGCUAAUGAAUGAAUGUUAACAUUUUUGCAGACAUACUGUAAUUUAAAAAUUAAUGUGAGCAUUGGUUUUAAGUUCACAGAAAAAUUAAUGAGGUUCAGAUUCUCAGGAGUUAAGGACUAAGUGUACCUUUGUCUGCUCUCAUUAGAGCUUGUGAAGGUGGCAGGUUCGUGACCUGACCUGAGUGGGGCUCUCCCCUUCCCAGCUCUGAGUGAGUACACUGUAUAAAUAAAACAUUGAUAAAUACGA